UGGUCAAAAAUGCUCCUCCUAUUUCUUCCGUGUCUUCACCCUUUUCACUUCUUUUUUCUCUCUCACUUCACACUUUGAGAUCUUUCCAACAUAUUCAUCACUCAAAAUCACCAUAGAUCCCAAUCAAUUUUGCAGCCAUUUUCAGUAGAAAACCAAUAAAAAUUGGAUCUUUACACUCGACAGUCAAACCAUGUAUACUCCAAAACCCAUUUCAAGAUUCAUCUUUUUCUCCUUACUCCUUCUUCUCUUGCUCAACUUCUUAACUCCAUCAAUUUCUUCAGAGCUUGACUUAACUGAUGAAGAUGGUGAUGACGUGGAAGGUCUAGAAGAACUCAUAGCAUUAGAUGAACAAGAAGAAAAUCCCCAAGUGGCCCACCAUGAAAAACCCACUGAAGCUGAGUUUGUAAGUAAAGCACAAAGAAUAGUACUUGAACUUAACAAUGACAAUACUAAAAGAGCAAUUGAUGGAAAUGAGUAUGUUUUAGUUCUUGGUUAUGCUCCUUGGUGUGUUAGGAGUGCUGAGUUAAUGCCAAAAUUUGCUGAGGCAGCUACUGCUCUUAAAGAAUUAGGGAGUUCUCUGUUGAUGGCUAAGAUUGAUGCUGAAAGAUACCCUAAAGUUGCAUCUACUCUUGAGAUCAAAGGGUUUCCUACUUUGCUUUUGUUUGUUAAUGGCACUUCUCAACCUUACACUGGUGGAUUCUCCGCGGAAGAACUUGUAAUCUGGGCAAGGAAGAAGACAGGUGUACCUAUUAUUAGAAUUAGCUCAGAUGCUGAGGCAAGCCACUUUCUCAAGAAGCAUUCAAUGUUUGUGGUUGGGCUGUUUGAGAAAUUUGAGGGACCUGAUUAUGAUGCAUUUAGAAAAGCAGCCGAAAUGGACAAUGAAAUCCAGUUUGUGGAAACUAGCAAUGCAGAAAUUGCCAAGCACCUCUUCCCCGAUUUUAAGUCAGCCAGUCUUUUCCUUGGUCUAGUUAAAAGCGAGCCAGAGAAAUACACAGAAUAUGAAGGAACCUUCUCUACAGAUGGAAUCUUGCAGUUUUUGGAUGAUAAUAAGUUCCCCUUAAUUACAGCACUUACUGAACUUAACGCUGCUAGAGUUUACUCCAGCACAAGCAAACUUCAGGUGUUGAUAAUUGCUGAGCCUGAUGACUUCAAGAAACUUGUGGAACCUUUGCAAAAUGUUGCAAGAAAGUUCAAAUCAAAGAUAAUGUUCAUACUUGUAGAUAUUAGAGAGGACAAUCUUGCAAAGCCCUUCCUUACUAUGUUUGGUCUAGAAGAAUCACAAGACGCUGUUGUAGUAUCUUUCAACUACAGUAGCAGCUUGAAGUAUUUGUUGGAGUCAGAUGCCACACCAGCAAGCAUAGAAGACUUUUGUUCAGGUCUUCUGAAUGGGACUGUGUCACCAUACUACAAAUCACAACCAAUUCCUGAUAACAAGAACAUGAGCAUUCUGACAGUUGUUGGUAAGACCUUUGAUGAAUUGAUCCUGAACAGUCCCGCAAACAUUCUUCUAGAGAUACACACACCAUGGUGCAUAACUUGUGAAACCACAAGCAAGCAAAUGGAGAAGUUGGCCAAGCAUUUCAAAGGCUUGGAUAACUUGAUCUUUGCAAGGAUAGAUGCUUCCCUAAAUGAACACCCGAAAUUACAGGUUGAUGAUUAUCCAACACUUCUCUUCUACUCAGCAGAUGACAAGACAAAUCCGAUACCGUUUCCUACAAAAUCAAGUGUAAAAAAUUUGGCUACACUCAUCAACAAGAAUUUGAAAGCACAAGAUCCUGAAAUCAGAGAUGAACUGUAGGAAACAGUUGCAUGCAGGGACAAGCUAAUUCGUUUGAAGAUGAGGAUAAUUAUACAACAUAUAUAGACGUCAUGCCAGUUAUAUGAGUAGAUUUUUUAUAGAGUUGCUCAAUGAAUGAAUUGAGUUGAGAUAGACGUCCACAGUUGAGUAGACUAGUAAUAGUCCUCCAAUUAGCAUAUUAAUGUUGCAAACAUGAAUAAUUCUGUAACCCCUUCCAAAAUCUGAAAUUAAAUCCUUGACGACUCAUGUAAACAUGCAGAGACAUACUAUACCUCGCUGGAAUUUACUUCUAAUAGAAAAAUCCUCUUUCAUUUUCA